AUGAACAACCUUCUCAAAUCUCUAGCUGGUAGUCAGAUCAAGUCAACACUACCAGAGUCAGACCUUCGUUUACUGCUGCAGACCGUCAAGGAUGGGCGACGGCAGACAUACGAUGUAAAACUCGCAGAUCCGUUCUAUGACGCCUUGGAAGACUUGCUGCAUGAUUUACGAACGGUGACGAUGGAUAAUCAUGACGCUGAAGCCUUCCUUAAGCCCGUUUCGAGGACGGAUGUACCGGACUACUAUGAUGACGCGAUUCCGAUCUCCCUAUUCCAUCAUUGUUUGCCAAAUAUCUUGAAUCUCUCUAACAAUUCCUACUCUACAGUCAUUCCAAAUCCAAUGGAUCUUCAAACCAUGCUUAAGAAGGUCAAGCAGAAAAGUUAUAAGUCAAAGAAGGAGUUCAAGGAUGACUUGAACCUCAUCUGGUCUAACUGCUUCACCUACAAUGCCACAGAGAAUCACCCACUCCGUCUCUGUGCGUCGCGCUUGAAAGUGAAGGCAGAGAGGUUGCUAAGGAAUAUCACUGACCGGAAGGAGCGAGCCGAUCCAUCAAUCCCAACAGAUCUAUCAGUUCGCCGAAUACCACAUCACAAAUCUAAUGGGAUCAAUGGUCAUAUUCGUCCUGUUUCAUUACCUAUCGCACCCCGACCUCCCAGCACUGUUGUCAGACGACCUACGCCCUCCAUCACGCCCGCGCCGACGCCCUCACGGCGAGAUCUACCGUUUGCCGACUCACCUGCUAUUGUGCGAACUGCUGAAGGGAUGGGAGCUUUUUCUGAGUUGGACUGUGCACUAAGUAGCGUGCUCUCGUCUACGAAUCACACAUCUGGCUUAGAAGAUCGCUUACGGGAACUCCUUCCUGUUUCUGACGUUGCGAUCGAGUACGAGGACAUCGCCAUAUCCGCCGAUGGUGUUUUGGGUGACAAGCGCAGGUUAAGGACCAGGGUCUCCGAUCACCGUCCUAUCAAACGCGUCCGCCUUGCUCCCCAUCCAGCAUCCUCUUCUUCCGAACCCGUCGAGCUAUGGUGGGCCGCACAGCAAUCUGAUUAUCUGCUUGGUAAUAGCAUCCCACCAGUUCCCUUUUCAUCCUCUUCUUCGGCUUCGGCCCCUGUACCGAAGCGAGCGUCUCACACCAGUAAACGCAAGAAGAACCGUCCAAGGGCACCACCUAACCCCCGCUCCAUGCUGACACUGAUGAAUUCAAACAUCAAAGCUCUUCGACGCCUUCGGCAAACGCAUGCUAGAUUCGCGGCCCUCAAUGUGACUGCUGGUAGUAUAGAAGAGGGACCCUUGGCGCCUGCAGAGGCGAUUGCCGAUGAACCUGUGGAGAUAGCCGAGCUGGAAGAACAGCCUUGGAGUUAUUUAGGGGCGAGAGCAGCGGAAGGGAUAGAUAUCGGGCAGCAAGCUGGAGACCAGUGCCUGCACUGGAUGAAUCACAAGGUUUUGGAGCACGUCGGAUUCCAAGGAUCAUCUAAUAUGGCUUUAGAUGUCUUGUCAAGUAUUGCUUCGGAAUACCUGAUGAACGUUGGACGGACACUAAGAUUCUAUGUCGAUAAAUAUUCGAAUAAUAUGACUUCUGAGGAAAUCAUCUUGCACACUCUUUUCGAAAGUGGGACGUCACGUAUACAGGAGCUGGAACGAUACAUCAAUGAUGAUGUCAUCCGGCAUGGGAAUCGCCUCAAUGAUCUUGAGAAGAAAUUAUCCAAUGCCUACCAAGAGUUUACAUCCACAGAAGCAUUGGAUGAUGACGCACUCUUCGCUAACGAGGAUGACGAAGAGGAAGAGAGCGCCUUUGUCAUGGGUCAGUUCACCGAUGAUAUUGGCGAGGACUUCCUCGGUCUUCGUGCCCUGGGGAUUGCUGAAGAGCUGGGUCUUGCAAACCUCAUCAUUCCUAAGAGACUGCUCAAGGGCAAAAAGAACACCAAGAAUGCUAAUUCUACUGCGAAACCUGCAGAACCUCCGCCGCCCUAUCCGCCUCCACCGCCUUCUAUUCCACUCAACUCAAGCACUGUCGAUGGUCAGAUUGGGUUGCUCAAGCCGUACUAUCAACACCGUAUAUCUAUGCUCUCGACAGCAUAUCCGCAGUCCUCUACACAUCAGCCCCUACCUCUCAUUGUUCUUCCUGACGACCCACCACAUCCCUCACAGUCGAAAAUUGGCCCGCUCGGACAAGUUCUCAAGACAAACACAGCCGCUGGAUCGUCGAAGAAGAAAUCGAAGGCGAAAGAUGCUGCCAAUGCCGCCUCGGUACCGAAGCCCGAGACCUCGACUCCAGGACUGUUGGUGAUGAGUCCCAUGGCGGACAGCCCCAUGUCUCCGAAGAAGAAGAAAGGGUCGGGCGGUGGGACUGCGAAUGGUACUGGGAAGAAGAGAGGAAGACCACCAGAAGGAUUGCCGCCGGUUGUGCUUGCGAGCGCAUGA